CGCGCAUGCGCUAACGGAUCAAUAAUCUCAAUGGCUUUGCAGGCGUAACAACGGCUUUGCUUCCUAAAUAUGUUUCAAAUUUGAUGUUUUGGAUUCACAAAGAUUCAUCUUUUCCCAAGCCGCUGAGACGGAAGUGAAGUUUGGCGCGACAGAGUGUUAUCUUAUGUGAAGAUCGAAGGCUUUUGGAGAGCACAUGGACGACUGCUGCUAUGCUAAAAUGGCGACGUUCGGUAAAAAAGAAAGUGAAAGAGGAUCAGUGCCACCAACUUCCAGCAAAUCACCAACGAAGGAAAAGAGCAAAGCUGCAGAUGGUGGUGACCGCGUGGAAGUUUCCAACAUCGUCAUUCUGGAGGCUGGCGAGAAACGAGGCGACGAAGACUUCAAAGAAAGAGCCGCCAUGAUUGUUAGCUUGAAGAAGGCAGUGGAGUUCACAUCAGAGGAGAUGAAAGAAUGCAAAAGUCGAAUGAAAAAAAUGGAGGAGCAAAUAAGCCGCUUGUGUAAAGAAAAUAAGGAUUUGAAAGAAGAGAUGUUGGAGAAGAGUAAGAGAUGUGCAGUGUGUGAAGAGAAGACUGGACCACAUGUCUACAUCAACCUGCAGAAGAUUGAAGACGUCCAGCAGCUGAUUGGUCAUCCAGGAGAACUUCCUCCUCAGCCGCAGGGUGAGGGCUCCAUUUUGAAGCAAGAGCGUCCACGGCCUCCCCACAUUAAAGAGGAAGACAAGGAACUCAGCAUGACGCAGGAAGCUGACCCCACCAAGUUGGCGCUGACUGUUGUCUCUGUGAAGACUGAAGAUGAUGAAGAGAAACCACUACCGGACCACCUCUUAGCUCCACUUUCAGAUAGUGAGGUUGAAGACGAGGUUGAAGUAACUUUGAGCAGCGAUACAGACUGUGAAGGUGAUAUGAGGACUCACACUGACAACAAACACUCUGGAUGCUCAAAAAAGAGCAACUUGACUGGACAGAUGAGAACACACACAGAGGAGAAAUCAUAUAAAUGUUCAGUUUGCGGUAAAAGAUUGUCACGUCAGAAUGGUUUGACAAGACACAUGAGAACACACACAGGAGAGAAACCUUUUAAAUGCUCAGUUUGCAGUAAAAGGUUUUCUUUGAAGACCAAAUGGACUGAACACAUGAGAUUACACACAGGAGAGAAACCAUUUAAUUGUUCAGAAUGUGGUCAAAGGUUUUCUCACAAGGGCACUUUGACAAACCACAUGGUAAGACACACAGUAGAGAAACCACUUGAUUGUUCAGAAUGUGGUCAAACGUUUUAUAGUCAGUACACUUUGACCAAACACAUGGUAACGCACACAUCGGAAAAACUGUUUAAGUGCUCAGUUUGCUGCAAAACAUUUAUUUGUAAUGCCUAUUUGGUAACACACAUGAGAAGACACGCAGGAGAGAAACCAUGUGUUUGUUCAGUUUGCAAUAGAAGAUUUUUUCGGAAGGGCGAGUUGGCAGAACACAUGAAAACACACACAGGGGAGAAACCAUUUAAAUGUUCAGUUUGUGGCAGAGCCUUUGCCCAUAAAUCCGUUUUGCCAAGACACAUGAGAACCCAUACGGGAGAGAAACCUUUUAGUUGUUCAGUCUGUUAUAGAAGCUUUUCAGGUAUGGGUUCUUUAAAACGACACACAAUGAAACACACAGGAGAGUAAAACAUACGUUCAAUAUGUGGUAUAAGAUGCACAGGAACUACACUUAUGUGAAAGUAUCAGUAGAAUGGAUAAUCAAGUGUCCUCUAUAUAGGAGCUAUUAUCUUUUAUGUCCGAUUUACGACUUUGAAAGACAUACAAAGUUUGUGAGUAAAUAGCUAUGAUCAAAAUAGUAUCAAUCUCACUGAGAUUCUCGAGCCAUUUUGAGAGAUAAUCAGUUAGCCUGCCAACAAUUUAUUUCGGACAUAUGGUGAUCCAGAACCUUAUAUUUUUGAUCCCGAAUAGGAGACUUCGGAAGAUUUCUGCUUAACAGAUCCAACUUUAGUGAAACGUUAAGCACGGUGUAGCAAUAUUGCCAAGUGCUAAAGAAGAAAUACAAACUAACACGACAAAAUGAUAGCGUACUGUAUAAUGUUUGCUCUAACUGUGAUGACGACUCACAGGAUGUCCACAUCUGCAGAGGUGGAUUUCACCACCCCUAGUGUGUGUGUGUGACAAUCGUUGGUACUUUAUUAUUAUUAUCUUCCGAUUGAGAUGAAGAAUGAAUCAUAAUCCACAUGAAGGGUUUUUAAAAAAAAAAGUUGCUGCCUGCAGACAUCUGCCUUCUGUUGUAGUGUGUUAGUCUCCAUCUUCGGUUAAAAACUGAAUGUCACAGAAGGUCCUCCUAUAAUCCAGAUGAGACACGUGAUUUUUAAUCUAGAAUAGCUUUGACGAGCUGAGACGGCAGCAGGACAUUUUUCUUCUUUCUAACAGUUUUACGGCAGUUGGCAUGCAUUUAUGUUGCAUUACUGCCAUCUUCAGUUUUAUUUUACCAUUACAUCGCAGUCUUUCCUCGGGUCCGGUGCAGCAUAAUAAUAGUGUGUCUGCAUUAGCGCACAUAAUAACAACAUUGUUAAUAUUUGGUUAAAAAUCAGGUAAAUAGAGUUAUUGUUUGCCGAGUUUGAAUGGUUAUUUAGAAAGGUUUGUGGGCGAAAUAGAGCCCCAUUGACUCCAUUGUUAAUUACGACUUAGAAUGCAUUCAAAUAAGAAAGUGACAUUGUAAAUGAUAAACUGCACAUCUCUUUCUAAAUCUUGCAUGUUUCCAGUAUGACUGAUCUGACAAUAUGGGCAGAGGGCAGAGGCGUUCCCAUGGUGACGUCAAUCUACGGAAAUUGGCGGACGGUAUUUUCCAUACAGUUUGCGGACUGUAAACGCAAUUGGAUGUUUUUCCACCUUUUUUGAGCCGAGGCAGAUUUUUUGCGUUGAAAAAUAUCCAAAGGCACACCACCAGCAGAAAUAUUUAGGGUUUUAUAAAUAAACAUUGAUUGAUUAAAAUAUGAAACUCGAUAUUGACAAUAAAAAGUCGUCGGAUAUGACUUUAAAGCAUAAGCAAGCAUGCAUCAAUGUAGAUCUUGUCUCAAAGUAGGUGUACUGUCACCACCUGUCACAUCACACCCUGACUUAUUUGGAUUGUUUUGCUGUUUUCCUGUGUGCAGUGUUUUACUUCUUUUCUUGCGCUCCUAUUUUGGUGGCUUUUCCUGUUUGUUGAUAGUUUCCUGUAGCAGUUUCAUGUCUUCCUUUAAAGGGGAACAUUAUCAUCAGACCUAUGUAAGCAUCAAUAUAUACCUUGAUGGUGCAGAAAAAAGACUUUUUUUUUUUUAACAGAUUUCCGAACUCUAAAUGGGUGAAUUUUGGCGAAUUAAACGCCUUUCUGUUUAUCGCUCUGGAGGCGAUGACGUCAGAAUGUGACGUCGCCGAGGUAAUAGAGCCGCCAUUUUCAUUUUCAACACAUUGUAAACAUUGGGUCUCAGCUCUGUUAUUUUCCGUUUUUUCGACUAUUUUUUGGAACCUUGGAGACAUCAUGCCUCGUCGGUGUGUUGUCGGAGGGUGUAACAACACUAACAGGGAGGGAUUCAAGUUGCACCACCGGCCCCAAGAUGCCAAAGUGUCUGCCGCCAGACCCCCAUUGAAUGUGCCAGAGUGUCUCCACAUUUUACCGGCGAUGCUAAGACAGACAUGGCACAGAGAUGUAUGGAUAACCUGCAGAUGCAUUUGCAACGAUAAAGUCACCUAAAUCACAAAGGUGAGUUUGUUGAUGUUGACUUAUAUGCUAAUCAGACAUAUUUGGUCGCGGCGUGACUGCCAGCUAAUCGAUGCUAACAUGCUACGCUAAUUGAUGCUAACAUGCUAUUUACCGGUGAUGCUAAGGCAGACAUGGCACAGAGAUGUAUGGAUAACCUGCAGAUGCAUUUGCAACGAUAGUCAACGAAAUCACAAAGGUGAGUUUUCUUGAUGUUGACUGCCAGCUAAUCGAUGCUAACAUGCUACGCUAAUCGAUGCUAAC